AUGUCUUUCGGCCAGAAGUUGAUGAGCAAUCCCGAGCCACCUGAGUCAGCCGAGGCUGUCAACGCUCCCAUGCCACGAUUUCGCGCUCCUGCCAUUGUUCACCCUGCAACGGUGGCUAGCACUUCUGUCAUUUCCGAGGUGCCCAAAGUGCCUAUGGAAGCUCCCAUGAUUCAGGAGGCCCCGGCGGUACCUCCUCCCAAACCUUCGGAACUCACACUUUCGCAGCUUUCUCCGCGGAAGCCAGACAUUCCUCCACUUCCGGUGUCCGUCGAAGUGACCGCUAUCGUAGAGCCUAAUUCCAUCUCGGCUCCUCCGCCCAUUCCUACCCCUCCACUUCCGCCUCCCCCUCCUUCGCUGCGCCAUUCGAACAAACGCGCUGGGUCGCCUGGACCCGACAACUCUACGGAGCAUAGACGCAAACGGGCGAAGGUACAAGUCGAGCCCCCUAAGCCGUCGUCCUCAAAGCAGACAAAUCUCCGCAAACCCGUGUCACAGCCUUCAAACACGAGAUCAACUCGCAGUCGGAAUGCCCGAAACCCGCCUCCGUCAGCUGCAGCGGGUACCUCACGCGCCCGACGCGUUGUUUCCGCGCCUUCCACCAAGCGCACAGAGGGACCCGCCGCUUCCUUGUCACGCUCCGGCACGUCCUCGCGAUCACAAAAUAGCAAAUCCUCAGCCCCAUCUGACACUCCCGUGCCCGAAACCGCCAUCGCCGAAAAUAACCACGACCCGGUCCCAGCCACCAACACGAGCGACUCCGACAAAACCGGCGAUGCUCCAGCCCUCGGCCAAACCCAAACGGGCAACGAUGGCCCCCCGCUUCGCCGGUCCGCCCGCAACCACGCGCCCAUCCCAGACUUCAAGGCCAUCCACGCGCUCCAGGCCUCCGCGCUCGCCCAGAAGCGCGCCGAGCGCGCCGUCCAACCCACCAUCCCCGUGGGCUUCGGGUUCGCGACGGACGCGCGCGCCGCGGAGCGCGAACGCUUUGAGGAGCACCGCCGCGCCCGCGAGCGCGAGCGCGAGGCCGCCGCGGAGGCUGCCCGGCAGGAGCGCGAGCGCGCGGAGGAGGAAGAGGUGCGCGAGCUCCGCCGGCACGCGGUCCCCAAGGCGAACGAGGUCCCGGAGUGGUACGCGCAUGCGCCGAAGAGGACGAGGACCGCCGACGCGCAGUAG